AUCUGGUGAAGCAGAGAUUGAAGAAUGAAAGGCUUCACCAACAAUGGAGAUUUCAUAAAAUCAUCAACAUUCCUAAAGAUCUCAGGUUUCAUUUUCAUAUCACUCGCUUUCUUCUAUUUGGGCAAGCACUGGUCCGAUGGUUCUCACCAACUCAUCUUCUUCAACUCUCGCCAAAACCCUCUCUCCUCUUCCAAAACCCCUUCCCCCAUCUCUCUCUCCCCCAAUUUCAACAAAACCUUCGAUCUCAACUCCCUCAUCAACAACACUACCCAAACCCAACCCCUCUCCGAUCCAACCCUACCUUCAAUUCCACCGACAUCCCUUCCAAAACCACUUCCUCCUCCUCCUCCUCCUCCGCCGCCGCCGCCGCUCGAGAGGUUCGGGAUCGUGGACGAAAACGGAACGAUGGCGGAUGAUUUUGAGGUCGGAGACUUCGAUCCGGGUGUUGUGGAUAAUUGGGGGAGUGAUAUCGAAGCGGAGGUGGUGGAAGAUGGUGGUGGUGGGUCUAGGGUUGUUGUUAAGAAGUUUGGGCUUUGUACGAAGAGUAUGAGGGAGUAUAUACCGUGUUUGGACAAUACAGAGGCGAUUCGGCGUUUGAAUUCGACGGAUAAAGGUGAGAGAUUCGAGCGGCAUUGUCCCGAAGAAGGUAAGGGCUUGAAUUGCUUGGUUCCGGCACCUAAGGGUUACAGAGCCCCAAUUCCCUGGCCCAGAAGUCGUGAUGAGGUAUGGUUCAGCAAUGUUCCCCAUGCCCGUCUUGUUGAAGAUAAAGGGGGCCAAAAUUGGAUUUCCAUAGAUAAGGAUAAAUUCAAGUUUCCUGGAGGUGGUACGCAGUUCAUACACGGGGCAGAUCAGUAUUUGGAUCAGAUUUCACAGAUGAUCCCUGACAUAGCAUUUGGUCAUCAUACUCGAGUUGUUAUGGAUGUUGGUUGUGGUGUUGCAAGUUUCGGUGCGUAUUUAUUAUCACGGAAUGUACUUACUAUGUCUGUAGCCCCAAAGGAUGUGCACGAGAAUCAGAUUCAGUUUGCACUUGAGCGUGGAGUGCCUGCAAUGGUGGCAGCUUUUGCAACACACCGUUUGUUGUAUCCAAGUCAAGCUUUCGACUUGAUACAUUGUUCGAGAUGUAGAAUUAAUUGGACUCGGGAUGACGGAAUUUUGCUGCUCGAGGUCAACAGGAUGCUACGUGCAGGAGGAUACUUUGCUUGGGCAGCACAGCCUGUUUAUAAGCAUGAAUUAGCCCUUGAAGAGCAGUGGGAAGAGAUGAUUAAUCUUACAAGCCGCCUUUGUUGGAAUCUUGUGAAAAAGGAGGGGUAUAUUGCAAUUUGGCAGAAGCCCUUGAACAACAGUUGCUACUUAAGUCGUGAGGCAGGAACGCGACCUCUGCUGUGUGAUUUAGAUGAUGAUCCAGACAGUGUUUGGUAUGUUGAGCUGAAGGCAUGUAUUAGUAGACUACCCGAGGAUGGGGCCGGAGCAAAUGUUACCACAUGGCCUUCACGCCUUCAAAAUCCUCCUGACAGGUUGCAGAGCAUACAAAUGGAUGCAUACAUAUCCAGAAGAGAACUCUUUCGGGCAGAAUCAAAAUACUGGAAUGAAAUAAUAGAAAGUUAUGUUCGUGCUUUACAUUGGAAAAAGUUCAAACUUAGAAAUGUGCUGGACAUGAGAGCAGGUUUUGGCGGAUUUGCAGCAGCAUUGAUCGAAAAUAAACUUGAUUGCUGGGUUCUAAAUGUGGUUCCCGUUAGUGGUCCAAACACCUUGCCUGUUAUCUAUGAUCGUGGGCUUCUAGGAGUUAUGCAUGAUUGGUGUGAGCCAUUUGACACGUACCCAAGAAGCUAUGAUUUAUUGCAUGCAGCUGGCCUCUUCUCUGUUGAACGAAGACGAUGCAAUAUCUCUAGCAUCAUGCUUGAAAUGGAUCGAAUGCUAAGACCUGGUGGACGUGUAUACAUUCGUGAUUCUCUUUCCGUCAUGGAUGAACUCCAAGAAAGUGGGAAGGCCAUGGGUUGGCACGUGGCAUUGCGGGACACAGGUGAGGGCCCACAUGCAAGUUAUAGGAUCCUGACAUGUGAUAAACGAUUGUUGCGUGCUUGAAGGAACGAGAUGUACAACCAAAUUGAAUUAUGCCAUCUCUUGUAUAUGGUGAAAUGGAGAUCAAGAAAUCUGAAACUAAUCUCUCUCUGACACUUGAUUGUCAUUGAGAUUGAGGGGAGAGAAUGCUCACUGAAAUCCGCUGAAAUCUGGCAACUUGGACGGUGGAUGUGACAAAUUUUUUCAACCAAUUAAGCAUAAUGUGGCAGUUCUUCGUGUAUAGUAUAGUAUGGCAUAGUUCAUUAUGUAGUCAGUCAACUACCAGUAAGUACAAUAAUACAUGCGGCUGUUUUGAGUUCUAUCAUUUUUUUUAAUUUUUUAUUUAAUCGAAUUGAGCAGAAAAUACGUGCAAACAGUCAGUAUUUUUUUUAUUUUUUAUUACUUGUAUUCUUAACAAUCAUUUAUCCAAAUAUCGGCCUCAUGCUCUCUUUGGAUUAUGUCGCAUUGUGAUUA